AAAGAUUCCUCUUGUGGUAUGGUCGAAGUUGAACAAACGAGAAAAGGCAAUCAUGUCGACAAGGCAAAUUUACUACUCUGAUAAAUAUUUCGACGAGGAAUUCGAAUAUAGACACGUUAUGCUGCCCAAAGAUGUUGCCAAAAUGGUGCCAAAAAAUCAUUUGAUGUCAGAGGCUGAGUGGAGAAGUAUUGGUGUACAGCAGAGUCAUGGUUGGAUUCACUAUAUGAAACAUGAACCUGAGCCUCACAUACUGUUAUUUAGAAGAAAAGUAACCUGCUAACUGACGAUGUAGUAGUUGGCUCCGAUUGUCUUUCAAAAACUAUUGUGAAUAGUGUAAAUCAUCUUAUAGUGACUCAGUGAAUUGUGACCAUUUUAGUUCUAUGUGUUUUUCAUUUCUUGUCUUUAAUUUUCUGUCCAUUAUUUUUUUUUCUCUUAUUUGUCUUCAAUUGUUAUGAAUGAUAAUGUAUGUGAAUGCUUCAGGUUUAAAUCAUUUACAUUUAAAUAAAGAUUAAAUGGGUUUUAAGGUAUU